CGGUCUUUCAUGUCUCUGUCUGUCUCUGAAGCAGACGAAGGGUUUUAAUUAAACCCUCACAGCACUACGGCUUCCCGCGCUUUGAGCUCCUCUUGGGUUUAAGCGAGAACCAGCUACCUAGAAGCCACUGGAAAACCCUAGGGUUUUGAGGACAGCGUCGUUUUGGUGGCAAUGGACGUCGAAAUGGAUACUUCUCCAAGCUUCUUCGACCCUGAAGAUCUCUCAACCAGAGAGAAAUUUCGUCGAUACGGGAAAAGGCACCUGGGUUCAAACAUAUCUCCGCACCAAGAGAAUUCAGCUUCAAAAUUUAGUGAAUCUGGGCUACUCUAUGAUGGGCUGAGUAUACAUAGCCCGACCAAUGCUGCACUUCUUCUGGAAAAUAUUAAGCAAGAGGUUGAAAGCAUUGAUCCUUAUCACUUGGAAGGAACUCCUGGAAAGACUCCUGUCUCAAAAAGGAGGUCACCCAUUGAUGGGACAGAGGUGGAUGUUGGUGCCGGUUCUGGUUUAGUCCACCAUUCAAUAAAAUUGCUCAAGCAGGAGGAGGACUCACUGGCUGAUGAUGGAGAUACAACCUUUGCGUUAUUUGCUUCUUUACUUGAUUCUGCUCUUCAAGGUUUGAUGUCUUUUCCUGACUUGAUACUAAGGUUUGAAGGAUCCUGCCGAGACAUUUCAGAGUCAAUUAGGUAUGGUUCCAACAUACGGCAUCGUAUAGUAGAGGACAAGUUUAUGAGGCAGAAGGCUCAGCUCCUUCUUGAUGAGGCUGCUUCAUGGUUGCUCCUGUGGUACCUUUUUGGGAAAGGGACUGAAGAGAUUCCUAAAGAGCUUAUCCUGUUGCCCUCAACAUCACACUUGGAGGCUUGCCAAUUCGUCGCUGAGGACCAUACGGCACAAUUAUGUCUACGGAUUGUUCAAUGGCUGGAAGGCUUAGCCUCCAAAGCACUUGACUUGGAAAGAAAGGUGCGAGGGUCUCAUGUUGGUGCCUGUCUCCCAAGCUCUGGAAUUUGGUACCAGACUCAGUGCUAUCUUAAGAAAGGAGCAUCCAGUACAAAUACGAUUCAUCACUUGGAUUUUGAUGCUCCAACACGUGAACAUGCUCAACAACUACCUGAUGACAAAAAACAAGAUGAAUCUCUUUUGGAAGAUGUCUGGACUCUUUUAAGAGCUGGAAGACUGGAAGAGGCAUGUCACCUUUGCCGAUCUGCAGGACAGCCAUGGAGAGCUGCAACUUUGUGCGUAUUUGGAGGACUUGAUCAGUUUCCUUCAAUUGAAGCCCUGGUGAAAAAUGGAAAGGAUAGAACUUUGCAAGCCAUUGAGUUGGAAAGUGGCAUUGGCCACCAAUGGCAUCUGUGGAAGUGGGCUUCUUAUUGUGCAUCAGAGAAAAUAGCGGAGCAAGAUGCUGGCAAAUAUGAAUCAGCAGUCUAUGCAGCACAAUGUAGCAAUUUAAAGCGCAUGCUUCCAAUCUGUACUGACUGGGAGUCAGCAUGCUGGGCAAUGGCAAAGUCAUGGCUAGAUGUUCAGCUGGAUUUGGAAUUGGCUCAUUUAGAACCAGAAAGAUUGGAUCAAUUUAAAAGCAUUGGAGAUGCAAUUGAUGGAAGUCCUGGACAUAGUGAUGGAGCUGUUCAGCCUUCAAAUGGACCAGGAAUUUGGCCACUUCAAGUUUUGAACCAGCAACCACGACAACUUUCUGAUCUUCUUCAGAAACUUCAUUCAGGGGAAAUGGUCCAUGAAAGUGUUACUCGAGGAUGCAAGGAGCAGCAACGCCAAAUUGAGAUGAUUCUAAUGUUAGGGGAUAUUGCACGAUUGCUAGACCUUAUAUGGUCAUGGAUAGCACCUUCAGAAGAUGAUCAGAAUGUCUUCAGGCCUCAUGGAGAUCCUCAGAUGAUUCGAUUUGGUGCUCAUCUAGUGCUUGUGCUCAGAUACUUACUUGGUGAUGAAAUGGAUGCUUUCAGAGAGAAAAUUAUGAAUGUUGGUGAUCUCAUUGUACACAUGUAUGCCAUGUUUUUGUUUUCCAAGCAACAUGAGGAGUUGGUGGGUAUAUAUGCUUCUCAACUUGCACGCCACCGAUGCAUUGACCUCUUUGUGCACAUGAUGGAACUGAGGCUGAACAGCAGUGUGCAUGUCAAAUAUAAGAUCUUCCUUUCUGCUAUGGAGUAUUUACAAUUUUCCCCUGUGGACAACUCGAAAGGAAGUUUUGAAGAAAUUGUUGAGAGGGUUUUGUCAAGAUCUCGGGAAAUCAAAGUUGGUAAGUAUGAUAAGCUAUCAGAUGUUGCAGAGCAGCACCGGCUGCAGAGCCUUCCGAAAGCUAUGGUUAUCCAGUGGCUCUGCUUCACACCCCCCUCCACAAUUACUAAUGUUGAGGAUGUCAGUACAAAACUUCUUCUGAGAGCUUUGAUGCACAGCAACAUAUUGUUCCGGGAGUUUGCCCUGGUUUCAAUGUGGAGAGUUCCUGCAAUGCCCAUUGGUGCUCACACAUUACUUAGUUUUCUUGCUGAACCUUUGAAGCAACUUUCAGAAUCUUCUGAUAGCUUGGAGGAUUACAAUGUUUCUCAGAACCUGGAAGAGUUCCACGAUUGGAAUGAGUAUUAUUCUUGUGAUGCAAAAUAUCGCAAUUGGCUCAAAAUUGAAUUAGAGAAUGCAGAGGUUUCUCCACUUGAACUCUCAAUGGAGGAAAAACAAAGGGCUAUUUUAUCAGCCAAGGAGACUCUGAAUUCGUCUUUGUCAUUGUUAUUGAGAAAAGAAAAUCCUUGGUUAGCUCCUGGUGAAGAUCAUGUGUACGAAUCUGUGGAACCUAUAUUUCUUGAAUUGCAUGCCACUGCAAUGCUUUGCUUGCGUUCCGGUGAAUGCUUGCCUCCUGAUGCAACUGUGUGCGCUACUUUAAUGAGUGCUCUUUACUCUUCAGUGAGCGAGCAAGAUGUGUUAAAUCGGCAACUAAUGAUAAAUGUCUCCAUAUCCUCAAAGGACAAUUACUGUGUAGAGGUUGUGCUUCGCUGUUUGGCAGUUGCAGGUGAUGGUCUUGGGCAACAGGAACACAAUGAUGGUGGUAUUCUUAGUACUGUUAUGGCUGCUGGCUUCAAAGGUGAGCUGCUUCGAUUUCAAUCUGGAGUCACAAUGGAGAUUUCCCGAUUAGAUGCCUGGUAUUCGAGCAAAGCUGGUUCCUUAGAGAGCCCAGCAACAUACAUUGUGCAGGGCCUUUGUCGUAGGUGCUGUAUUCCAGAAGUCAUUCUUCGGUGCAUGGAGGUCUCUCUUUCGCUUAUAGAGUUGGGUAUGCCACCUGAAGGUCAUGAUCAGUUGAUUGGCUUAGUUGCUUCGUCCGAGGCUGGGGUUCUUCAUUUGUUUAGUCACCAACAAUUGCAGGAAUUUUUAUUGGUUGAGAGGGAAUACUCCAUAAGGCAAAUGGAGCUUGAAGAGGAGCUUUCUUCUUGACUUGACUGUUGUUGUUGGUCAUGAGCAUGACAAGGUGGGCCUCUGGUGCCAACUGCAAGGUUGAUAGAGUUGUAAAAUGGUAUACUACAUAUGAUGAAGAUCUUUGCUUUCUCGACUUAAUUAUUUUGGUUAGCAUAUCGACGUUGAUGGACAUGUCUAGAAAUAUGAUUUUGGAAAAUAUAGAAAGUAGAAACAUUGACAAGAGAUUGAUAUCGAACCAAAUUACGAAAUGAAAAUAUCGAAAAAAUGUUGUAUAA